AUCUUCUCAUCCCGCUAGCUCUUCCAUUGCUUCCUAGUGCGCAUGCGCGUCCUGCGCUGUCUGACCUUGCCGGUAGUCACCAUGUUGUCCCGCAGCAGCGCCUUCGUUUUCCAGCCACAAUGGGUCCAAGUCAGGAACAUGGCAACUUUAAAAGACAUUACAAGACGGUUGAAGUCCAUCAAGAACAUUCAAAAGAUUACCCAGUCCAUGAAAAUGGUGGCAGCGUCGAAGUAUGCCAAAGCUGAGAGGGAGCUGAAGCCGGCUCGGGUUUAUGGAACUGGUUCUUUGGCUUUGUACGAGAAAGCUGAGAUUAAGGCUCCAGAAGAGCAGAAGAAGCACCUGAUAAUUGGUGUCUCCUCUGAUCGAGGUCUCUGCGGUGCUAUUCACUCGUCUGUAGCAAAGGUUAUUAAGAAUGAAAUUAAUAGCCUUUCCGGCUCGGGCAAGGAAGUUAUGGUGGUUGGAAUCGGUGACAAACUGAGAGGUCUUCUUCAAAGGACUCAUGGAGGACACUUUCUUUUGACCUUUAAGGAAGUGGGUAGGAAACCACCAACAUUUAAUGAUGCAUCAGUAAUCGCAUCUGAGCUGCUGAAUUCAGGCUAUGAGUUUGACCAAGGAACAGUUGUGUUUAACCGAUUCAGGUCUGUCAUCUCUUACCGGACAGAUGAAAAACCUAUUUUCUCUCUUGACACCAUCGCAAACUCUGAAAAUAUGAGUAUCUAUGAUGAUAUUGAUGCUGAUGUGCUGCGAAACUAUCAGGAAUUUGCUCUGGUGAAUGUCAUUUAUUACUCUCUGAAAGAGUCCACCACCAGCGAGCAGAGCGCCAGGAUGACAGCUAUGGACAACGCCAGCAAGAAUGCUUCUGAAAUUAUUGACAAACUGACGUUGACAUUCAACCGUACCCGUCAAGCUGUGAUCACCAAGGAACUGAUUGAGAUCAUCUCUGGUGCUGCUGCUCUGGGAUGAAGAAAUCCAGCAGGACCCUUUGUCACAAGGUAACAAGAACCAUUGCUGAACUUACAAGAAGUCACAUCUCUCGAUCCAGUAGAGUUUUCAUUCAUUAUCUGAACAUUUGUAAAUUAUCUUACAAUAAAUCUCUUACAUGGGAAA